GGUCUGCAACACUUGUAAGAGAUAUGGCGCCGGCCCUGGAGUCGUGCUCUUGGGAUUCGUAUUGGUCGUUAGGUUGUUGAGUUAUCGCGUUUUCUGCAAACGAGAAAGAACCUGGGAUGUAGCUACGUGAAGCAACCAACUUCAGUCCGACAUGGAACGAGAGAAAGGGAAGGGAUCUCAGAAGAGAGGCCCCAACAAAGUGAAGGCGUCCCUUUUCCCGUCGGGCGAUUUCAUCGCACUCGGGUCGAAGCAACGAUCAACCCCCGAUGUGCCGGAACCGAAGCCACCUGUGAAACAGUCGACGUUAAGCAGCGCGAGUUCUAGUACCGAACGCAAGCGACCAGAAGCCGCCGGCGGAUCGUCGUCUUUGGUGCCGUCAAAGAAACCGAAGCUUGCGACCGCUGCCCCGUCAUCUCUUGCCCGUUUGGGUCCCGCUGGUUCGCAGAUAAAGCGGGAAACCCCUUCCAACAAAAGUGAACAGUGGGAUGUCAUUGCUGUGGAGGUCGAUCCAACAGAUUUCCUGAGUCGUGUUCUGAAAGCGGAGGACGUUGGUGACGAUGAUAAGGUCGAAUCACUCAUGUGCGGCGCCGCAAAGACGCUCAAGAACACACGGCCAAAGCCGGACCCCAUGCUUUACCUGACGCUGAUGUUCCUAGCAAAAACUCGGCCGAGGAUAUUUGACUCUGAAGGCUCUGUUGAGGCAUUCACGAGCUUGUUAAAGCGCGACGUCACAGUGAACUUCAAAACUAAAGGCAACAACCUGAUCUCGGUGCUAGCCUGUAACCUUCUUUUGGCUGCGUUUCAAGAUAAUGUCAGUUGGCCAGAUCAGUUUGUGAAAGUGUUUGUGGAAGACUCGUUGGGGGAUCGGGUCUGGGUUGAUCACGACGAAUGUAAAAACUAUGUCGACAACGUGCUCACGGCAUUUAACACGAGGCUGCCGCCCAAGAGUAUGCUUGCCCCAGACCUGCUUUUCAAGCCGGAUGCUUGUCCCAGCCCUCCUGCCCCGGCAGUCGAUGACGACGAUUCCCUGUCAAGCCUGCACCUGGAUCUCAAGGAGAAUCCGGAGAACGUUGCCGUUGUGCCUCGCUUUGCAGGCUCCAAAGCAAACAUCGAGCACUACGUGCUGGAAGUAAUCCACGAACAGCUGAAUCGCCGCCAACCAAUGGACAUCUCGAAAAACUUGCUCCGUUUGUUAGUUUCUGCUUGCGGUAUUAGUGAAGUGCGUUCGCUGGUCGCCCAUCGUCUGGAGACAUGGCUUCAGAACCCUAAACUGACUCGCCCAGCUCAGGACCUGUUACUUACAGUCUGCAUGAACUGCAACCAACACAACAAGCACGAUGUUGAAGUAAUCGGGUGUCUGAUUCGUAUUCGACUUAAGACAAAGCCAGUCGUGAACCACUUCAUGCAAUGCGUGAAAGAACUCUUGGGUCAGCAUGUUGACAAUCUGAGUACUGUUUUGAAACACUGCAUCUACAAUGAACUCUCCACCUCGAGGAACCCCAAUAAUAUGCAGCUUCUCUCAGUGAUAUUUCAGCACUCACAUGAGAAAGCUGCUCGUGUCCUUGCUGAAGUUUUUCAAGACCUCUUAAUCAAUAGAGAAGACUACUUGCGAUGCUUGCGGGCUCUUUUCAGAGAGAUCAUACGGUCUCUGCGUCAUGAUCUCAACUUUACAGCCUUCUGUCUAGGCCUCAUGCAAGAGAGAAAGGAGACUCAAUUCCUAGAGCUUGAGCAGUCGCUUAGAGAACGCCUUUUCAUGUCUAUAACAGACCUCAUUGUCAAGGCCAUCUUUUUGGCAAUCACACCAGCUGUGCGUGAAGCAGCAACAGCGCUUUUCAGAGGGGAAAAGAAAGACAUUUCUCCUCUCCGAAACUACCAAAUGCAGGUGGCCACUAUUCAGCGAGACACAGUUUGGUGGUUGCACACAGUCGUUCCCAAGAUGUUUAAGCCAGGUAGGAAUGAAUUUUUGCAUUGCUUGCACAAAUCCUUCUUCCUUGAGCAACUGGAGCAUUACUGCAAGGAUAACUGGCCACCAGAGGCUGACAGACAUUUGAUGUUGAGGCUGGCUUCAGAUGUCCCUGCACUGGAGGACACGCUCAUUAGAAUAUUAAUAAUAGGGAUGUCAAAGGAACACCCACUCAACCCUUCCGAUGCAUUGGAGCUUGUGGACCAACUAAUCAGAAGAGCAGCAGCAAUCUACAAAGAAGAUUUGCACCCUGUGCUUGUGGUGGAGCGAACAGAACUCAUAGAGAUUAUCUUCCACUUGUGUGCCUACCACCACCCUGAAAACAUCACACUUCCAGCUGGUUACACACCACCAAACCUUGCAAUUGCAGACUACUACUGGAAGGCAUGGAUCAUGCUUCUCAUUGUGGUAGCUCACAACCCGUCCACAUUUGGGGAAAUGGCUUUUGCAACCCAUCCAACACUGCAGAGUUUGGUUGAAAUGUGCAUCACUAACCACUUUGUCUUUCCUCCACCGACUUUGGCAGUAGGCGAAAAAGCUGACGAAAUCAAAGCACGAGAAAUGCAGAUUGCUCAGGUGGAGAAGCAAAAGAUACUGGAAUUUGAAACGCACUUGGCAGCCGCAUCGACUAAGGUCACCAUCACUGAAAGUAACAGUCUUCUCUUGUCAAAGCUGAUAACGAUGGAUCCUCAAGGUGUGACCAGAAGACCGCCGCAACAAGUGUUGGAGCAGCUGAAAGCCUUAAACGAAACUUUGAAGCUUGGGCACCUCCUGUGUAGAAGCAGGAAGCCCGAUUUUCUUUUGGGAAUUAUCCAGAGACAAGGGACCUCGCACAUGCCAUGGCUGGCGGAGCUUGUGGAGUCAAAUGAGGGCUCGUUUGACCUUCUCCCAGUGCAGUGCCUUUGCGAGUUUCUCCUCAACGAUGAACUGGAGUGUAGCAUAGGUACAGCUGAUCCAGAGGACGACAAACCAGAAAAGGGCAAGCUGAAAACUCUGCAGAGUAAGAAGCGCAAGCAGCAGCAGUUGUUGCAGCACCUACAGAAGUUGCUGAGAAACCCAGAAGGCGAUGUCCAGGCCACAUGCGAGGUGCUUGACUAUUUUAUGAGACGUCUCAGCACACAGAAUCAAAAUGCUCGCACCCUCGCAACUAAAGGUCUCAUGCUUGUCCUCUGUCAGAAGUCUUCUACUGUAGAUGGCACUCAGGAUUCUGAACCAAAUAAUCAUGACUGGCUACUGAAGGAAAUCCCUUCUCUGCCUCACUUCAGUGUCGUGCGCCAGGACAUUAGUGCAACUUUGCGGCACGCAUGCCAAGUGGAGAAUGACCCUUUUGCAAUCACAGCAUAUGUUAAAUUUCUUGCAACUUAUACACCUGAUGAUGGUCUGUCUGAGCUGUCUCUUGACAUAACUCAGCUAAUUAUUGACCGGCCAACCAUCGUAAACUGUAUCCUCUUACAGGACACAGUUGGUUUCUUUUACAAAGAACUGUUCCACUGCUCACUGCUUGACAUAUUCACACGAUAUCUGCAGAAUGCACGAAAACCUUCCAAAGAUGUCUACUGGUAUGAGUGUCAGGACCACAUCACACUGCAGUGGGACUCUGGAGAAACAGCAACUAUGUACAUACUAGUCGUUCACUCCAUGAUCAUCUUGCUUACUUAUGGGCCUCCGCAGAGUGACCCUGAAACAUUCAAUGCUCUGUUAGAAACAUGGUUUCCAGAAGGAGGAGACCCACCCCAGGCAUUUCUAGUCGAUACAUCUGAAGAAGCUCUCCUCUUACCAGAUUGGCUAAAGCUUCGUAUGAUCAGGUCAUCUGUGGAUGUCCUUGUUGAUGCUGCCUUGAAAGACUUGGAGCCAAACCAGCUCGUGCUUUUCAUUCAGUCCUUUGGCAUUCCAGUUCCAAGCAUGAGCAAGCUUCUUUGCUGCUUGGACAGAGCCGUGGAGUAUGAUGAAGCAGCUGUUGUUCAGGCGGUUGUGGACAAGGCAUACAUGUCGCAGCUAGUUGAAGUUCAGCACCAGAGAGGAGCGAUCGGUGGUGAAUGCUUUUAUCGUCUUCUUGGUGAGAGCGACGUCACUGAUGCAGCUGCUGAAAUGGACGACAUUGAGCCAGUGCCAACAUCAGUUAUCCAGCAUGCCCCACCGCGGCCAACAGAAGCUUCUCGCUUGGACUCUGUUCCAGUGGCUGUUGUUCAAUUGUUUGGCCUGGAUCCAUUGAAGGGAAAACUGGGAAGCAAGCAGGAGCAGGAACUUUUUAGAGGCUUGCAAAAGGCAUUUUCACAUGACGUCCUUCGAAAAUGCCUUUUUGGUGGUGCUUUGGCAGAAUUCAUCCACACGUGUGAGCAUAUCCUUGAAAGUGAUCAGAGAGAGGCAUUUGUGAAUGCUUUGUUUCUAAAAUCGUUCAUAUCAUGUUCCCUCUUUAGAUUGGCCAUUGCGGCACAACAAAGAGAAGCAUCAAACUCCCCGCUCACAUUCAAGUUCCACUGGGUUUGCUCGAAAAUCUUGGAGAUGAGCAAAAGGCCGUCGCCACUUUCUGCCAUCUUGACUCAGUACUGUACAUCGCAUUCGUCAUCGAGGAACAAGGAUCAGGCACCAAGGAGGCUAGCAUCUGGUGAUGCAAAAUCUGCCAACAUUGUGGAAGCUCUGACAUCAGUAGCACAAAAUGAAUCCAAGCGUUUUGAGGAGGCACUUUGUGUACUUGUCCAAAGAGCUAUCAAGAUGGGCGACAGUCAGCAGCUGAUUCAUGCACUCUCGAAGAUUCUGUGUGAAAACAUCUUUGAGUCUGAAAAGGUAACCACAAGCUUUGUCAUUGUAGACUGGCUAGAACACUUGGAACCAGAGUGCAUCUCUUCUUGUCUAGAGCUGCAACACCAGCUUCUCUUCCAUAACAGCACAAAAAAUGAGCUCUUGAGAACCACAUUUCGGCCAUACCUGUUAGCCCUGCUUAUUCACCGGGCGCACUGGUCAACACUGCACACAGCCAUCAAUGAAGUCCUUUCUCAAGCAUCAACAAAGAAGUAUGACCCUUCGGCUGUCUUGGACUUCCUUCAAGCCUGCAUGUUCAUACCAAAGAUAUGGCAAGGCCGUGACAAGAAGAUCCCUAAGCACUACAGUCCUGAGAAGGUCUUAAUUUUUGGCCCUGAUCAAGCUUGUGCUAUGGCUGACUACAUCAUCAAUGAGCAUAUUUCAGCAACUACGACUUCUGAAGGCCACUCGGCUCCACAGGAGGAAAGCAAGAUGAAGAUUUUUGCACGUCUGCCACUAUUGGAGCAAGGAUGUGCUGAUCAAACUUUGAUAUCUGCAGUUGUAUCACACCUGAUGACCAUUGUCCAGAAUGAGCCUGCUCGCCGUACAGCUGCAAAAGAAAUGCUAACACAGUUGUACCUGUGCAUACCUAGCAUUGUGUUUACGUCAGACGCGAUAACGGAAAUGCUGAAAGAUAUAGGACCACAGACAUAUGGUCAGAUGAGGGUAGACACAUUGUCACAUACAUUAUUGCUGGCAUUGUCUAUUGCCGACUAUGACAAGCAGUCAUACUACAAACUAUCAGACCUUCAUAUCGCUAUUAGGAAGCUAGCAGCAACUCAUCCAGAGCUGAUGCUGCGUCAGCUACCAAUGAUGGCAAGCCUUCUUCACAGUCGUUCAGGCAUGGGCACGUUGGUAUUUGGUACUCGAAGUCACGCAUCAUUUUUCGUGCACAUGUUGGGAACACUAGAACUACUGGUGCCACAUCUCUUUCUUGAUGUCCGAGUACCUACACUGAAUGAUAUACUGGACGUUUACGUGGAUGCCUUCCAGUGUCACAUCCAGUACAUGCGCAAUAACGAAAGGGAGCGCAUAAUGGGCCUGCUGAACAGGUUCUUGCUUUUGGUUCACCAGUAUGUCUACCACAAUCCCUCAGCAGCCAGGCAGUGGGUUCAGAAACACCAUGGUGCAAUGCAGGAUGUUGCUGGCAUAUUCCCAGACCUCUUGAGUUUGAAAACUCUUCUUGCCGGCACUUGCAUCCUUAGAAUGCAUCCUGAGGGCAGUGAGAAUGCUCCGGAAGGCAUCAGCUCUGAAGCAGGCCCAUCUUCAAGACGGUUACUUGCACGUCCGUUUUCACAUGCACCGGGUUUCAGCAAAGGCAGAGGCAGCCGUGACUUGAGGGGUCUGCUUGACAAAGAUGGAGUUGACCCAGAAGAAAUUCUCUCUGCUCUUAGAGAUCUUGAGCAUGUUGCGUCGAGGAAGCCUGAAAUCCUUGAGGCCUAUCAAGAUGAGUUGCAGUGUGUUCUUCUGACCAGCACAAACAUAUCGUGUUGCAGCUUGGCAUUCAGGUUGCUACUUCAAAGCAUCAAAAACAAUCCGAAAACUGCAGGACAAUUUAUUUCGGGUUACUUGCAGUGUCUUGCCAGUGAUCGCCGGGACUUGGUUCUGCUUGUGCUUGAUCACCUUCCAGAGUUCGUCGUCCUUGCUCAGGAGCAUGGUAGCAUGCUUCUGCAGAAGGCAUUUCAAGUUGGGAUCAGCACCAAUGUCAACAGUGCUGUGCCCAUAACUGACACGCUUCUUCUUCUGAAUAUGCAGUAUGGGAACUGAUCUUGACUUCAUGUGAAAUUGCUCGAUUUUGUCUCUUCUGAUGUAGAAUAUGUAUGUUUGUUGUCAUUUAUGGUUUUGUUCAUUACAAGUAAACUGCAAAGCUAAUCUUUUCA